GGACGUUUCUCUCCUACAAUAUAUUUUUUUUUCUUAUCAAAUGGCUGGCGAAAAACUGCGUAUACUUUGCCUUCAUGGUAUGGUUCAAAAUGCAGUUGUCUUUAGAAAAAAAACAUCUGUUAUUCGAAAGAAAUUAGACAAAAUUGCAGAAUUAGUUUUCGUAUCUGCUCCUCAAGUCAUUACGGAUCCUAAAUACACUUCUGAAGCUCAUCGUGCCGCUGCUGCUGAUGAAAACUCACCAGAAGAGGCCAGGCCAUGCGCUUGGUGGCAUCCAUAUGAUGAUAAGCAGACGGAAGAUGGAUAUUAUGCUGGAUUUAAAGAAUCUGUUUCGUUCCUGAAAGAGUUUAUGACCAAAGAAGGACCUUUUGACGGUGUGUUCGGUUUUUCACAAGGUGCUUGUCUUGCUGCUGUCAUAACUGUAUGUCUGGAAGAUCGUACCUUAGCACCUAGUCUCUUUGGUCCUGAAUUUGAGCAUCCUAACUUCAAAUUUGCAAUUAUUGCAGCGGGGUUUAAACCCCUUCCCCAAAAGGCCACAGAACAUAUCUGGACACAUAAAAUUACUACUCCUACACUUCAUAUGAUUGGCGAAGAAGACAAGUUGAUCACUCCUGAUCUUCAACAAACUCUUGUGGAUCAAUGCAUUGACCCUAUUGUUAUUCGUCAUGCUGGAGGUCAUGUUGUGCCUUCCAAUGCUCCAUCUCGAAACGAUACCGUCGCAUUCGUUUCAAAAUUUGUAAACUAAUUAUUUUUAUAAAACACCUGUGAAAGAUGGGCUAUUUUUUCUGUUUUACUUUGAUCGACAAAAUAAAGUGGAACGCUCGUUCAGACGUUAAUCCAUUUCAUACAA